AUGGCUGGAGAUGUCCAAAGAACUGUUGAAACAUGUUGGCCUUGCCAAAAGUAUGCUCCAGCUCAGAAAUCGAAACCCUUACAGCCUCAUAAUACUCCAACUAGAGCAUGGCAAAGAGUUGGAAUUGACUUCUUCCAGCUGGGCAGUGACCACUUUCUUAUAAUGACGGAUUAUUUUUCAUCAUUUUUUGAACUAAAGAAGGUGAAUUCGCUGAAAACAGAAGGCCUGAUUCAGUUUUGUAAAGAACAAUUUGCUCGCUACGGAAUACCAGACGUUGUUGUUUCUGACAAUGGUACCCAACUAGUUAGCCAAGACUUCAAGCUUUUUGCCCAGACUUGGAUGUUUAAAAUUGUUGUUUCUUCACCGCAUAAUCACCAAUCCAAUGGUAAGGCAGAAUCAGCGGUUAAAAUUGCUAAGAGAAUGUUAAAGAAAGUAAAAGAAAGUAAAGAAGACUAUCAAGCAGCUCUAUUAGAGUGGAGAAAUACACCAUUGGCUGACUUGGGUGCAAGUCCUGUGCAGUUAUUAAUGUCAAGAUCAACAAAGACUCGUUUGCCAGUAACAGAGAUGAAACUAAAUCCAAAGAUACAUAUAGGAGUCACAGACAAGUUGAAGGAAAAACAAGAAAAAUACAAGAAGCACUAUGAUAAAGGCACUCAUGCAUUGGACCCACUUAAAGUUGGGCAAAAGGUAUUAAUACAGAAGAGACCAGACAUGAAAGCAGAACCAUGGACGCCUGGCGUAAUAGUAACUGUGGAUGGGUUGAGAACUUACAUUGUAGCAAUUGAAGGAAGACUAUUUAGACGCAAUAGAAGAUUCAUUCGUCCAUUUAAAAGUUAA